AUGAGUACUCGCCUCGACCGGAAUACCAGAAUCCAGUCGAAGAGCCCCUCCCCGUCUCCUCGAGGCACCCAAAAUAUGGUUCAGACCAUCCGCACAGUACCCAGCUUCGAAGCCGUGAGUGACACGAGCUCCGACACCCAUUCACGAAACUCUGCCUUCUCCAGCUCCGUCAACAGCAACGCGAGCGGUGUCAGCAUGUCAUCAAACCACCAAGACAGAUCCCCUCCGAGCGUCAAGCUAAAAUCCGAUUGGAGCAGCAACAGCCUCGGUGACCCCACGGCCAAAGUGAGGGAAGAAUCGCCUUCCAUGAUGGAUGACGAGAACCCCGUUGCCGCCGACGCGCAAGGCGGCGCGGGAUGGGACUCGACGAUCGGCAAAGCGGGACUGGGAAAGACGGGGCGCGUCAUCAACAAGCUGGUCAGCGACAACGAGGCUCUCAAGCGCGACAUUCAGAUCGAGCGGUUACGGGCCGAGGAGGCAAAACAGGCCGCCAAGUUGGUCGAGGACAAGAUGGAGCGUUUAAUCAGCGACUACGAGAGCCGUCUCCUUGAAGCGAGCGUCACAAAGACCCUCCUGAGUCGCAAGGAGCGCCAGGUCGAGACACUCAACGCAAAUGUCGAUCUCGAAAAGAAGCGCACCGCAGCUGCGCAGGAAAAGGAGCGCUCUUGGCGCGACGAGAUGGAGAAGAUGCGCUCCAGCACAACAAAGCAGGUUGAGGACGCCAACACCCACGCCGCACUGAUGGAGGGGCGUUAUAACGCCAUCAGCUCGCACUGGAAGGACCAAGGCGACGAGGUGAAGCGUGCGCACCUGAAGCUCCGCGCCGAGAUUGCCGGUCUCGUGGAGGAGAGGAAACGAGACGACGACAAGAUCACGGCGCUGAGGGACCUAUGCGAUCAGCAGGAUGGCAACAUCAAGGAACUGCGGCGGCAGAAGGAGGAGAUGGAGAAGAAGUUUGCGGACUAUAAAGAGCAGCAAGAGGUGGCCCUGAAGGACAUCAAGGCCGGAGCGGCAGAGCGGGAAGCAGAGCAAGAGAAGCUGCUCGAGGAAACGAGGUCGACGUUGGCCAGGUUGAAAUGGGCACUCAACGUCAAGGAGAACGUCAAGGAUCUGCUGCAAUAA